GUGAUUCUUGAUCAAAAUGUUUAAUUUUACAGACAUACUACUUUCUUUACUUUGAAAACUACUGACAAUCUCUGGAACCUUAUGCAGGCUGGCAUCCAUGAAUAUUAUUUGGAACCAUUUGAUAUAAACAUAAAAAAGAUAAUGGAUAUUUGGGUACAAAACCUAAACUAUCCUGUAUUAAAUGUGACACUAGAUUAUCAAACCAGUCAUAUAAAAAUAUCAAAAGAAUUUGACGUCGAAUCUGAUGGAACAUCUUAUUUUAUACCUGUCAGCUUUACUAAGGAUGCGGACGCCGAUUUUAGCUUACAAUAAGACUCUUCUAAUUAUUUAUAUUUAACGGAGUUAAAUCCGGAAUUGAAAAUACCCUUUACUAAGAAAGAUAAAUGGAUUAUUGUCAACAGACAACAAGAAGGAGGCACACUAAAAGAAAUACUCGUUGAUAGAAAUAUUAUGAUAUGGGAUCCAAUUAAGGAAAAACUAUUAUCUCCCGGAAAAUGCAUGGAGAUCAAUUGUGCUUUCGGCCAGACGACUAAAAUGGUCUUGCUGCCGCAUCUACAUCACGAAUCUCUACAUUAAUAGGUACCGAUAGUUUGGAAGUUAUGAUAGAAUACGCGAGAAGAAAAUACACUGGCGAAAGAAUAGAUUUCGAUAUAUUGGAUAUUCAAGCGGAAAAUCUACCCGAGCAAUAUAUAGGUCAAUUUGAUCACGUUUUCUCAUAUUCCACCAUAAAUUCACGUAAUAAUGUUCUGCAAGAAAUUAAAAAUGUAUCUAAACUACUGAAACGUGGAGGGUGCUUCCAUUUGACAAUGGUCCUCGCACAUGACGCAUUUGGAUUGUAUAAUAAAAUGCUGAAUCAUCCAAUUUAUGGAAAAUAUUUUAUGAAAUACGUUUCAGAUUUUCAUUAUUAUCACGUUAAUGCCGAUGGUUACUUAAGACAAUUGAUUGAAUUCCAAGGAUUUAAAAUAAAGUACUGUCAAACAAAGGAUAUAAUAUAUAAAUCUGAUUACAUUUUACCGCAUAUCGUCUUUGAGCUUCCUUCCAUACAUGAACUGACACCUAAACAACAGCAAGACCUUAAGGACAUAUUAAAAAAGAAAUGGAACAAAAUGGAAAAAAAGUUUGAUCGAUCUUCAUAUGCCAAUGACCCAAAAUAUGACCCAGAAUGUAACGAUUUAUUCGAUAUUGUACAAAUAUUAGCAUAUAAAUCGUAAUACCUGUUAGAUUUUUAUAAUGAUAGAGUUAAUUAACUAUUCUAUCUAUCUAUAAUAUAAAACAUAUUCUUUAUGUAUUUAUAAUGUAA